AUGAAGGGUUCUCUUCAGAUGCUCUUCUUCGCUCUGUUCUUGGUCUUUUUCGAGAGCGCGAAAGCUCUGGAGACCGAGUGCGACGUGUGUCACGUGAACUAUUAUCACAAGCACGUGUCCACGCCGACGUUUAUGCCGUCCGACGUGAACGUCUGCCGAGAGUACCAGUACGAGGCGUGUUGCUCGUUAGAUACCGUUCGCAAGGUACCGACGCAAAUGAUAAGCGACUUAUACGGUGAUGAGUACAACCACGGGUUGUGCGUGGACAUCGUCGGUGGUGGUUUCACCGCGAUGUCCACCGGUUGUCAAGCGUACUUCGACGCCGAGAAUUGCUUUUACGAGUGCGAUAAAAACGUCGGCAAAUGGAGAAAGCAUUCGGAUUGUAACGAAGAAGACGCGGACGUGAGUAAUCACAACGCGUGGCAGAUUGAGGCGAUGCCCAUUCGUGCGAGCACGGCAGACGCGAUGUAUGAAGCGUGUAAGGAUGAUUUUUUUCCGGACAGUAAAGGGAUGUGGGGCACCGAAGCCGGGAACUGGGCGGAUGCGUGGAGUACUCGAGUGAACGUGGACGCGAAUGGUGUAAAUACCGGUACUGGAACGUGCAAGAAAGGCUCGGAAAUUUGGACAAACGGUCAAGAUAUGGUCGAGAACGUGUGGGGUACUGCGUUUAAGUACGAAAGCGAUGCUACGAAAUCGUACGUCUGGGGAUUCAAUGAAGGCGAAUCGAACCCGAACAAUAAAAUUUUGGAGGACAAAGCUUACCCGCCAUUUACGUGCGCAUAUCACGGAAGUAUCGACGUCGAUAAGCCGAGCACGGAACAUCCGGAGUAUUGCCCAAUCGAUUGGCAUUUGGACGAGUCGUCUGGUCAUGCGUUGGCGACGACUAAUGUGACUAAAUACGAUUCUGGCGCAAAUUCUGCGCAAGAUUCUGGCGCAAAGAUGGCGUCGGUCGCUUUGGCGUAUUCGUUGGUUGUUUUGGCGCUCUGUUUCGCGUAA